AUGCGUGGCGCCGUGAACGACGUUGCCACGCCUCUUUUUUGGAGCCGUUUUAAUCAGUACAGCGUCUGUUCGCCACAGUUGAAUUGUGUGCAGGAGUUUGUCGUCAUGAGUGAAGGAAUUGUGAAUCCUGAAUGUGACGACAAACCUACACAUGGAUCCGAUACUGACAUCGUCGCCACCGUGGACGAGAAUGCUUCGGAUAGUAAUAGUGUCAAAUCAGCUGCACUAGUAGAUUUGCACGCUUGCGGAAUUUGUUACCAGCUUUAUAACGAUUCCGAUCGUUUGCCGAAAGUUCUAUCAUGUGGUCACACAAAUUGCCUCAGUUGUCUGAAUAGUUGGCAAAAGCAUGGCUCGUCACCGUUUCCAAUUUGUGCGGUUUGUCGCAAGGUUACUCGCAGACCAAUCGUCUCACUACCGAAUAACUUUCAACUUUUGCAAGUUUUGCGAAGGAUGAAGUUGAUAUCCACUAACUCGGAGCCUGAAACAUCUGCGGAACAACGAAAGUCCACAACUCAAGUUGAAGAAAUGGCACCGGGUAUCACCUCUGUUUGCGAGCAGAUUGACGAGCACAUGAGCGAAGUUGCGUCUUUGCUUGAGAGUCAGCUAGACCAUCUAAACAGUAUGAGUACAAAUGAUGAACAUCCUUAUGCAACAGAAUUCGAUCGUUUACUUCGUAUAGUUGAGAGCGCUUCGGCAGAUCUCAUUUCACAUUGGGAAGUUACAAAACGUCAUCUGCUACACACCAAGAAAGCGAAAUCUCGGACAAGCUCGUCGGUGCCUCCAGUUUUUAGUAUACCGGGGUUAAGCGACUUCUUCGGCAUUGGGAGACAUUUCGAUGAAAUACGAACCGAUUCGGCUAGUGAUGAUCCAUUCGACAGGAUUCAUGAUUUCCUGGGCUUGGAUUCAGACACCCCUCCAAAUGCAUAUUCCGAAUUUUCCCUGUUCGGAAGCGAGACUAGUCACGAAACAGCCGUUAGUGCUAGUGAGGCGUCCUCACAAGACAACGAAAAUUACUCGACAGUUAUUGAGCCAAGGGAGGAGUCCCCUUUCUUGCACAUUUCGCUAAUUCAGACAUUUGAUGGCACGUUUGGCUCAUACUCAUACUGUAGUCUGUGCCACUGCCGACUUCCAACGAACACCGACAGCCAUCGAACUCAUGUGCUAGGAAGACGUCAUCAAUCUGCGCUUGGGCAUACAACUGAUUCGAGCGUGACGGAUGCUAUGCGUUUCCUUGGCUUACAUGUGAACAGAAAUCGUCAACCGAGGCGUCCUCGAACCACUCCACUUUCUUUUGCGAGACGUUUUGCUGAUAUAUUACAUUCUCAGCACCGUGCAAGUACUCCAGAGACGAGCCUAGCGCAGCUUCCGAAAGGACUCGUUCGGCAUACCAAAGCAGUCACCCUUUCUCUGGUAGGCGCUCUUAUCACAGAAAUGGGAGGAAUACGCCGCAAGAAAAUUCGAAUCCUCGAGCCAACACCAUCGAUCAGAAUAACACCAAUUCCUCCGUGCCAUCGCCAAGAACUAGUGCUGGUAACACUACAGAGCCUGCAAACAGCUAUCGUCCAUUGCCAUGGAACCGUGGACGAACUCCUGAAAGUAGUCAUGGUGAAGGCAGCCGUGACCGACGCUGGGAUCCGCGACUCGCUUCUCCUU